AUGGCAUUCUCUUUCUCGACUACCGUCCAGGGACCAAGCGGUCCUUUGAAGAUUGUCUUUGGUGAAGAAACUCCCGAGCAACGCCUUGCAUGCUGCGAGGUCAUCGUUGCAUCUUACGCGCCAUCCUUCCCGGCCUCCGCUAUCGUGGAACUCGAAGAGUAUCUGUCGCAGCACCCGUUAACCCUCAACCAAGGAACACGAUUUUGGUGCAUAUCUCUGGAUGACGAUACGGGAUCUGUUCUCGCAUUAUGCAAGACGAUACGUCGGCGGUUCCUUGUAAAGGAUAGCGAGUCGAUGCGUGAAGAGAGCGGUUACUGCAUCAGCACUGUUGCUACGCAUCCUCAAUAUAGACGGCUGGGACUUGCGACUCUGCUCAUUCAACAAGUUGCGAAAUGGUUGGAUGGACCGGCUGACGCGGCGGCAAGCAUGCUGUAUACCAGUGUGGGCGACGUACGUGAUAACCAUUUUCUAGCCGGGUUGAUGCCCUCGAGCCGCCCUAUACUCACUUUCUCGCAGUUUUAUGUCCGUUCUGGGUGGCAGAUGAUACCCUCAAUCAUAUCAAACAUGACAAAUAUCUCUGAUGAUUCUCAGUUGGGACAUCGCGCAGGCCUCCCAAGUACCCGUCUCCUAGCGAACGAGGAGAUCCCAGCACUGUGCGAGCGCGACGUGGCAGACCUGAAGGCAAGCUUUGAAAAUACGACAGUCGUACCAAACGAGGUGCAUGUCGCUGUGAUUCCAUCGGCUGAAAUGAUCUCGUGGUUGCACGAAUGGGGCGAUUUCCUCAACACCACGCUCCGUGGUGGUGAAGCGCCAUUUGUGCAUGGCGCAAUCUGCGAAGCUGCCGACACUUGGAUAUACUGGCAUUAUGGGUUCAAACAUCUAGCAAUAUCGAGGGUACGAGUUCCUCCUGGUGUCGGCCAAGGCUCUCCCGAAGUAUUAGCCGGCUUGCUGCUCGAUGCUUUGGAAGAAGCUCGUAAAUGGAAGUUCGAUAAAGUUGUCGUCUGGGAACCGAGUGCUGAAUUAAUCAGUGCCAUGGACCUCAUUUCGAAAAUGGCUGGAGUCGAGGUGGAGACUCUGGCGAGGCCGAACAGUAUUACUUCGCUGAGAUGGAAGAAUUCAGACGAGACCAAAAAGACUACUCUUCAUUUGAACGAAGUCUACGCCUCAUGUUAA